UAGUGCUCACGUGGAUACAAAAGCUUGCCACCUCGUCUGCAAUUUACUUUAAUAUCACCUCACUUUCACCUUCAUUAUUAUCUUCAUUUUUCAAUAAUAGCCACUGUUAAUAGAUUAACUUCAUUUAGCAGUGUGAGUCUAGAAAAGAUGGCCUGGCGCAACCAAGGAGUCACAGGCUCCAACAAUGUCCCUCUAGGCCGGAGACGGUUUGGUGGUGAUGAUCCCGAGGAAGAGGAUAGCCGUACAGCAACUCCUUCGUCUCUUGGAGACCACAAGCGUGGUAGAAGUCCGGUUCGAUCUGACCCUCCAGUUGACGGUGUCAAGAAGCGCAAAAAGCGCAACCGUUGGGGCGAUGCGCAAGAGAACAAGGCUGCUGGUCUUAUGGGCUUGCCCACGAUGAUCAUGGCGAACUUCACCAAUGAGCAGCUCGAGGCAUAUACGCUCCAUCUCCGUAUUGAGGAGAUCAGCCAAAAGCUUCGCAUCAACGAUGUGGUUCCCGCGGAUGGUGACAGGUCUCCUUCACCUCCUCCGCAGUACGAUAACUUUGGCAGACGUGUAAACACUAGAGAAUACCGCUACCGGAAGCGCCUCGAAGAUGAGCGCCACAAGCUUGUCGAGAAGGCCAUGAAGACCAUUCCUAACUACCACCCGCCUUCUGACUACAGACGUCCUACCAAGACCCAGGAGAAGGUCUACGUCCCAGUGAAUGACUAUCCAGAGAUUAACUUCAUUGGCUUACUCAUAGGUCCUCGUGGUAAUACCUUGAAGAAAAUGGAAACCGAAUCCGGUGCCAAGAUUGCUAUUCGUGGCAAGGGCUCCGUCAAGGAAGGAAAAGGGCGUUCUGAUGCCGCUCACGCUAGCAAUCAGGAGGAAGACCUCCAUUGUUUGAUCAUGGCAGACACUGAAGAAAAAGUUAACAAGGCAAAGAAACUGGUGCACAAUGUUAUUGAGACGGUACAUUUUCCUCAGCCCCCUUUGAAUAGGUUGAUUGCUAAUGAAUAUUGCCAGGCUGCUUCGAUUCCCGAGGGUCAGAACGAGCUCAAGCGGAAUCAGCUUCGAGAACUUGCCGCGCUCAACGGUACCCUCCGUGAUGAUGAGAAUCAGGCUUGUCAGAACUGUAAGUACAUCUUUUGCACUGGAUCUUGUUCGGCUUUCCUGACUUGUUUAGGCGGUCAAAUCGGACAUCGCAAGUAUGACUGUCCUGAACAGCGUAACUUUACCGCCAACAUCAUUUGUCGCGUAUGUGGCAACGCUGGGCACAUGGCUCGUGAUUGUCCUGAUCGUCAGAGAGGCACUGACUGGCGUAACAAUGGUGGUUACGGUGGCGGUGGCAGCCGUAGAGCUAUUGGUGGAGGUGAUGCUGUUGAUCGUGAGAUGGAGCAACUCAUGCAAGAAUUAUCUGGGGGAGCUCCAGGUGAAGAUGGCCAUGUCCCUCGCCGCAUCGAAGCCGGCCCCGAUCAGGGUUACGACGACCGAGAUGCGAAGCCUUGGCAGCGUGGGCCACCUAGUGAUGUGGCUCCUUGGCAGCAAAGAGGUCGAGACAACAGGUCCCGUGAUGACUACGGAUCGCGUGACCAUGGAAGUGCACCCCCAUGGGCACAGAGCCGCGGGGGGGAUUAUGGAUAUGGUUCGCAUGGCGGAUACGGAGCUCCUGGUGCUGCACCCUGGCAGCAACAAGCCGCACCCCCGCCCCCAGGCGGACAGGCUGCGUAUGGUUAUGGCUCUUAUGGUGGAUAUGCUCCUCCUGUUCCGGGUAUGGGAGCCCCUGGGGCUCCUGCGAGCAUGGGAGCGCCUCCUCCUCCCCCAGGAAUGCCUCCUAUGUACUACGGCUCCGGUGGUAGCCCUCCUCCACCACCUCCUCCCCCUGGUGACGGACCACCUCCUCCUCCUCCGAGUGAUCAACCACCUCCUCCUCCCCCUCCUGCUUAAGGAGUCGCGCUAUCAUACCUCGUUUAUUGUUUGAUGCUAGGUGAAAAGGGGGGAGGGAUAUGUGGAGUGUGGUUUAAUUUGCUAAAGAGCAGAGGGAGCGGUUUACUAACCUUUGUAUUCUGUAGUUUGCCGAGGUUUCACGCCUUGACACCUAGUAGUUUGCUAAUCACAGACGUAUUUACGUGUGUGAAUUCGAGUAAAGUAGAAUCAGUGCGCAGGAAGACAUACACCGAGGACAAUCUGUGUCUUUGAAGAUCCCUCCGGUAAAGUCCACCUGGAUAGAUUUAGGGUAUAGUAGAUAGUCUACAUCGAUUGUUUUCUGUAAAACAGAGUCUUCUAUCGCAGAUUCCCGUUCGACAUAGCUUUCAGAUUUAGGGAUUUAGUGAAUCAUGAGGAUAGCCUAGCAGGAUA